UCAUUGUGGGGGGGGACAGGAUGUACGAGAAAAAGCUCCAAGGGCAGCAGGAUAGAGGGAGGAAAGGACGGAGAGGAGGGAGACCGGGAAUAUCAAGGGAUCAAAGGUAACAGGGCAACAUCCUACGUUCCCCUCCAAACAGCGGCUCGCACAGCUGCCGCUCUGCGGGGCAUUCGUCGCAGGGGGGGGACGCGAUGCCAAAUCCAGUCCCGAAAUGGAAUAUUACUGACUUCCUCUAAUCCGGGAGAUCCGGGCGCUUGUUAUUCGGAAGUGAGGAACUGAGGGGGCCACUAUGUUUGGGGACCCGGGCUCACGCAGUAGCCUGUCUUUGGAUCUUGAUAUGAGUUGGGGCAUUGUCCUACAAGCCUAUCGCUGUCUGACCACUGAUGGAGAGGAUGACGCCAGGCAUAAGAAUCCAUUGCAGGAGUGGGGGGAAGAGGUGGAAGAUGGGGCAGUCUAUGGUGUGACACUGAGGCGGUUGAGAACAGAAAGACCCUCUGGAGACUUCCUGGUCACCCCUGGUUCUCCAGGCUAUGUUCAUUAUAAGACGUGUAAGGUGCGCAGCCUACGUGCAGGGACGCCGCAGAAGCUGGUAGAGAAUCUAUUGGUGGAAUACCAGGGCACAGAUCCUGGCUAUGUGCCCACUUUUCUCAGUACCUACCGUGCCUUUACCUCUGCUGAAAAGGUCCUGGAGCUGCUGCUGGACAGACGCUUGGAAAGAUUAGUCGACAAGGAAUCGGCAUCUCCUGGGAGCCCCAUUCCAGACACGGCAUCUGUGCAGAGGGUGGUCCGUGGUCUCCUUCAGACCUGGUUGGAGAGACACCCUCAUGACUUUCGUGACUCUCCACAGUGUUUACAAUUCAUCUCCCACUACCUAAGCAAGGACUGUCGAGAGACAUCCAGUCAGCUCUUCCGCCUUAUUAAAAAUCUAGAAGAAGAGGGGGAGCAGGACCCAUCACAGAACGAUUGGAGGCACAUAACCCGACCAGCAGAGGGAGACUGUGAAACCUCUGUAAAUAGUACUUCUUUAUUGUCAUACCCACCCCAGGAUGUAGCAGAACAACUUACCCUCAUAGAUGUGGAUCUCUUUCAGAGGCUGCAGUCCUGCCAUUGUCUGGGAAGCAUUUGGUCCCAACGUGACAAAAAGGAGAACAAGAAUGUGGCCCCCAGUGUAAGAGCCACAGUCGCCCAGUUUAAUGCGGUGACCGCGUGUGUGACGGCGUCCGUCCUGAGCGACAUUCAGCUGAAACCCCAAGUCAGGGCGAAAGUGCUGGAGAAAUGGAUUUGCAUAGCCCAGUACUGCAGGUUUCUGCGGAAUUUCUCCUCUCUGAGAGCCAUUCUAUCUGCUCUUCAGUCAAAUUCCAUCUAUCGGCUGAAGAGGACGUGGGCCGCAGUCAGCAGGGACAACCUGAACAUCUUCCACAAGUUAUCCGCCAUCUUCUCCGAUGAGAACAACCACGAGAUGAGUCGGGAAAUCUUGACUAAGGAUGAGAUCCCGCUCCGUAGGACGCACAGUGCACGCAACGAGCCCCGCCCACUCCAGCGGUCAGCGUCACAAGUUCGCUCCACGAGACCAGCUCAGGGGACGGUGCCUUAUCUCGGAACAUUUUUGACAGACCUUGUCAUGUUGGACACGGCGCUCCCGGACUACGUAGAGGGCGGGCUCCUAAACUUUGAGAAGAGGAGAAAGGAAUACGAAGUCCUGGCCAAGAUUCAGAAGUUGCAGCUUACCUGUCGCCACUUUGUCCUGACGCCAAAGCCUGAAAUCCUCCAAGCGUUUUACACCCACCGACAGCUGACCGACGAUCAAAGCUACAGAAUUUCUCGCACUAUAGAGCCACCCGCGGAUUCCUGUCCCAACUCUCCGCGUAUCCGCAGGAAACUGACCAAGAGGUUCAGCUCCUUGUUACUAGGUUCUGAAGUGUUUAGCCCUAAGAUGAAUGGGGAUCGAGUGUCUCCGUCAGGAUCCUGCAGCAGCUGUGAGAUCGAUGAAGGGCUUAUAGCGGCUUUGUGUCCUACAGAGACGGCCACCAAUAAGGACAGAGGAAGCACACAGGAAGCUCUGACUCCGCCCAUCACUCCGGGACGAGAAGAAGCUCACCGAUCUGUCUCUUCACCCCGUUCCCCAGUCUCCCCAUCACUCCCGGUCUACAACCAGCAAAUCGCUGACCUGUGUAUUAUCCGGGUCAGCAUGGAGAACACGCAUGGGAAUUUGUACAAGAGUAUACUGCUCACCAGUCAGGACAAGUCUCGGGUGGUCAUACAACGGGCUCUACAUAAGCACAAAUUAAAGUCAACAGCCAUUGACCAAGGCUCCUUGUUACAGGUUGCCUGCGCUUCGAAACAACUGACCAUCCCGGACACGGCCAAUGUAUACUACGCCAUGAACACCUCCGCCAAUUUCGACUUUGUCCUGAGGAGAAGAGCGAGAAACAGCUGACCUUCCGAAACGCAACGCCAUCCGGGCGGAGACUGGAGCACGCCUGGCCCAGCUCAGCAGUUAUAGUAUACAUGAUUAUUACAUGUAUGACAUAUGACAAGAGACUGGAUCCUCCUUGUAUUACACCUGUAUUAUAAUAUAGAGGGUUAUUACACACUCCGUACCUAGACAUGGAGGCCUUCUCAUACCACGCCCAGGUUCUAAUAUAAUACUAUAUUUUUUUUAAAUCACCGGUGUACUUAUAUCAGGUUAUGUAAUGUAUUCAGUAUGAGCACUGAACGUUACAAAUCAGUUCCAGAGCUAUGGGUAUAGCUAUGGGCCAGUUAUCAUGUACCUUCAGGCCAUGAGCUUCAGCUCCGU